AUGAACAGCGAGGUCACUAGGCUCCCUUCCCACACCGCGGCCGCCGAGCCACACGUGGCUGACGGGGUCGCCAACGGCCAGGCCUGCCCCAAUAAUGUCGACAUCCACGCUGUUGAGACUGCAGGCUACCGCGCCCAACGGUUGAAGGGCGUCUGUUUCUGGCCCGAGCGGGCGUAUGAGGAGGUGGUGGUGCUGCCCUCCAUCACCGAGAACGCGCAGGCCCUGGCCCGCACCAAGGGCAUCAGCUUCUACGAGCACCGCCAGCUCUACCACAUCGCCCUCCUGCGCGACCCGACCAUCAAGCGCGUCAUCUUCCUAUCCUCCAUUCCCGUCGAUCCGGCGGUGGUGCGGUACUACUGGGAGGUGCUGCUGCAGGAGUUCGUGCCCUUCGCCGACGUGCAGGAACGAUUCGUGACCCUCGCCCUCGACGACCCGGCCGUUCGCCCGCUCUCCGACAAAAUCCAGGCCAACCCGGCCUUCCUCAGCCGAGUGCGGGACAGCGUGACGAACCCGGGCCGGUGCUGCCUCAUCCCGUUCGUGUCCACGCCCGCCGAGCACCAGGUGCCCUACCCCUUUGGCACGCCGCUGGUGCGGACUGAAGAGGAGCUCGCCGCCUCCGUGUUCGACCUGUGGCGCCGUGGCGCCCUCGUGGGGCCGGCGCGGAGGGGAGGCGGCCACCAGCAGAAGGCGGGGGCGGAGGAGAAAGGCGAAGCGGAGGAGGAGCAGCACCUGGACCGGUUCGUGGUCAAGCUCGACGACUCGGCCAGCGGUGGCGGCAACGCUCUCCUGGACAUGCGCUCCGUGCUCCGUCGGUGCGACCUCCUCGAGGCGCGCAACCAACUUGCCCGGUCUGCUGCUGAUCGCCCGGCCUUUGCCGCUUGGCUCCUCUCCCAUCGCGAGCGUAUCACGGAGGAGAUCGCCAACGAGUUUCCGCGCAUGGCCUUCCAGGGUCGUGACGAGGCCUGGUCCACCUACCGCACCGAGAUCCCGACGCAGGUGUUGGACGGCCAUGUCUACCAAGGCUGCAAAUUCCCGUGCAACCACGCGUACCGCAACAAGAUCCAGGAAUACACCCUGCGAGUGGGUCGCGUGCUGGCCGACAAGGGCGCCAUGGGCCACUUUGGCGUGGACUUCCUGGCCUCGUGCACUGCCUCCACCGCCGGCCUCGCCCAGGCAGACUCCUGCGAAGACACCGGCCAGGAGUGGGAGCUGUUUGCCGUGGAGAUCAACCUGCGUGAGUACGAUGGCACGACGGGAAUGCUGCGCACCGCCGACGGUGAUCUGCGGUACUACGUGGCGAACGACAACGUGGUGAGCCCUCGCUACACCGCUCUGUCUCCGGCCUCCCUCACGGAAGCAGUGGCGGCCGAUGCCCUACACUUUUGCCCGAAGAGGCGCACGGGCGUCAUGUUCCACUUCCUCUCACCAGCGCAGGAGAUGGGCAAGGUGGGUAUCGUGUGCGUGGGCAAGACCAGGCUCGAGGCCGAAGACUACGCCACCCGAGCACGUGAGCUGCUGGACCGUCUGGCCGCUGGCGCAGCACCCUCUUCCUCUUCUUCCCCCUCACCCACCUCCCCAUCCCUGCCCACCGCCGUGCAGUGGUCGUAA